UGUAACCAAAAAGAUAGGUUGCGCCUACAGAAAUCAACUCAAUCAACUCGUUCGUGUACUAAGUAUCGUGAUAUAAUUCCCUCAAGCGUUGAAAUGAUCUGCUUAUUUGCAUGCUUACUUCCAACUUGACACCUUAUUUAUUGCAUUAAGUUUAUAAAAUCAGUCUUAGAGCAUUGCUUCUCUUCCGAGACCACUGGUCCCAAAAGAGCCAACCGUCAUCCGCACUGCUUUUCCCACGUGGCGAUUGUCCAUUGGGCAGCAUUUCCGAACUAACGGAUAACGGUACGGGGCUUCACAUGCGCAAAACCCAGAUAACGUCAGCGGGGCCCACGCAGCCCACGUGUCGCGAUCCACGUAAGAAAGUUCACGCCCCCCCGGAGCUGACACGUCGGACAAAAAGGUUUGGCUGGGGCAAAGCAAAGAUGAGAUCAGAGAAAAAGAGGAGUGUGGGAGAUAAAGCUCCAAAGUCAGAGAUGAACUUUCCCGGGGAAAUGGAAAACGAAAGGAAAGGAAAAAAGCUGGGUUCCUGAUUUUCUCACGAAGCAGACAGAAUCGUGACACCAGAAAAUUGAAGCUUAUGAUCUAAAGUAAAGAAAACAUGGAGAAAGUCUGUGAAUUCUGCAUGGCUUUGAGGCCCGUCAUCUACUGUCAAGCCGAUGCAGCACGACUUUGCCUCUCUUGUGAUGCAAAAGUUCAUUCAGCCAAUGCACUGUCUAACCGCCAUCUCCGAUCUCUCCUGUGCGAUUCUUGCCGGUACCGCCCAGCGUACACUCACUGUCUGGACCACAAGUUGUAUAUCUGUCGUAAUUGUGACAGGAGGAUCCACGAUGGGUCUUGUCAGCAUCGGACGCAGGCAAUCAGCAGUUAUAUGGGAUCCCCUUCAGCUAAUGACUUUGCAGAAUUAUGGGACUUAGACUUGAGCCAAUUGGGCGAUCUUGCUUGCACCGGUCCAUCUGAUUCGUCUUCCUGUGAACUCGUGGAUUUGGGCACAAUAACUGCGGAUACUUCAGGUUCAGUCUGUCCAGGGGAAUGUAAUGUUGGAUCAAGAAAUCAACAAAGAGCUAAGACAUCAUACGAUAGUCAACAGAAUCAGUCGUCUUGCUUCAUUAUGCGACAGAUUCUUGACUUGAGAAAGCUUCAACUAAAUGAGAAGAAGGACAUCUUAUCUUUGAUUUGUGAUCAAGAGCAAAAUGAUUUGUCUUUGUCAUUUUCUCAUAGUCCAAGGAAGUUCAAUGAGACUACUGAUCAGAGUUUGCAGAGCUGCGAAGAUCUUUCUGGGAAAGUGGAGACCUUUCCUUCAACAUUUUCCACACUAGGGAAUUUACCAUCAUCUUCAACUUCUGGUACUCCUAGUCCUUGGCAAAGCGAAUCCAUCUGGCAAUGCAGAAGCCCUUUUCAGACUAGUCAGUUUUGGGCCCAAAAUAUGCAAGAUCUUGGGAUAUGCGAAGAGCUUGUUUGCCAUGACGAUUUCAACAUUCCGGAAGUUGAUGUGACAUUCCAAAACUAUGAAGAACUUUUUGGAGGAGAGCAAGACACAAUCAGAGCUCUGCUCGAUGAAAGUGAGCUGGCAUGUUCUUCUGUGGACAAGGUUGUUCCUGUUGAUGACUCAGAGAACAGCAAUGCCAAGCUACUCAAGGAUAUUUCGUUUGCUUCAUCUGUUAGCUUCGGCGCCACCGCUGUUAUGGAUGGUGACACAGUCCUUACCAACCAGGUUAAUUUCAUACAACAGGGGACCUUGGACUUGUGCCCUUCCAUUCAACGAUCUUGUUCGACGUUGUCACCCUCAAUUUCAAGGCUCAGUACAGAAAGCACCGGUUUAGAUUCUUUAGAAAGCGGCCUUUCACCCAGCAUCGAUCGAGGAGAACAACAAUGCGACUUGCAUGAGGAGGACAUCAUUGAGGGGAAUGGCAGAGAAACCGACAUAAUGAGUAAUACAGACAGAGAGAAACCUCGAAGGCACGAGAAAAGAACUCAGAAUGCAUCCCGAAGAGGGAAAGCGGAUGCACGGAAGCGAAUAAAGGGAAGGUUAAAGACCGGGGGGUUCGAUUCUGAUAUCGUUGGUGUCAUGAGAAGCUACUGAAAGUGGUCUUCCUUCAUCUUCAUUUUUUGUAGCUGUGCUGUACAUAAAUGAGCUCUGAGAAAUUACACGGGCUAUGGAACUUGUCCUGCUGCUACUCAUGUUUUCUGAAUGUAAAUUAAUUUUCUGUA